AUUGACCCAUGUCCUGAGCAAAGUGGAAUCUUUCUGCAAGGCUAUGGAGGCCAAAUACAAGCCGAUCUUGAACACUGAAGUGCCCAUACAAAAGUACGCUCAAUUGCUGAUGAGCCUCAUGGUCCGACGUAUGUAUGUCAUGAUAUUGCAUCGGUAUUUGAACAAUAUCAGCAACAAAGUGCCUGAGGGGCCCGCGAAUUUUACCAUUCAAGCCGGUCUGCUCGCUAUGGAGAAUGCGAUGGCAAUGGAACAAAUCCCAGAACUCAGGAGAUGGAAAUGGUAUAACGGGGCCUAUCAGCAAUGGGACAUCGCCCUUUUGUUGUUGACAGUCAUCAUAAAUCAACAGCCGACACCGCAGGACGCUGACCGAAUAUGGAAUGUGAUUGACUUUGUUUUUGAGCCAGAGCUCUCUCUGUCACGCACUCAACGAGCUGGGGCAAUUAUCGCAGCAGUCCGGGAUCGAACGGCGGUAUAUCGAGACACACGCAGGAUAUGGAUUCCCGUUAGUAUGAAGGACGCUCUGGACGAACGCCGUAAGAGCUCCGAACUAUCCAUGAUGGACAAGGGCCAAAUCGACACAUCCAGCUCGUUGAAUCCCUCAGCGACCACAUCCACGCCACUACCGAAUGCGGGUAGAGGAGACCUGACGUUCUCGGCCGACCAGCCAUGGAUUUGUGACGUGAAAUACCUGCCACUUUCAAAUGCUGGCCAUCCCACGCAAUUCGUGUCUUCACAGUUUUUAGCACCCGCUUCUGCAAGACAACAGUCGCAGCUGCUAUCGCAAUCACAAUCAAAAUCACAACUACAGCCGCAACAAACACCACCCUGGAUCGACGCAAAUCAAGCCUCGCGAGGGCAGCACAUUGACUUUAACAACCCUAGCGACUCCGGCACGAAUGAUUCUUGGCCGCCACUGAUCACGACGGAUGGGGUCAACCGGCGAACAAUCUUGGAACCAGAUCCACAGACUCCCCCGCCUCUUCAAGCCAUCCAGCCAUUUCUUGAAGUCGUUCCCUGGCAGCUUCCAAACGGAGGUGGCAGUCCCUUCGGGAUCAAUUCGGGCUUUUCAAGCGAUCAGAUUAACAUCCUGCAAUUUCAGCACAGUAGCUGGAAUGAUAUCGCUAUCCUCGACAUUGACGGUAUGUGUAGGCCUACUGAAUCGGGAUGGGUAUAUGGCUUCGCGACAUCCGACGUGUUCAGCUGACACGGCGGGAGUCAGCGGUGGCGCCCUGUUAUCGGAUGAAGCCAGAAAACGUGGUAGAUCAUAUUGUGGUGACGGAGUCCGAGGUGGUCGAGAGAAAAGAGGGAAUUUAGCGACAACGAUUCUCUCCUUUCCGGCUCGUGUGGGCGCCGCGACGGUACGGUGGCGACGCAUCCAGAUCCGCAAAUAAAGAUGCCACCAACCCAGACUUGGCUCAUGCCACGACGUGGAGAGACGCUCGCGGGGUGACCCCGAGGUCACUCGGAUCAAAUGAGUGUGAUGCCGAUGGUGUCUCUACGGCCCGCUCGCUAGAGCCUAGAGGUACCGGUAAGGGACAACACCGAUAGAUUGACAAAGGUUUCACUCGGGCGAAGGAAAAGCAAAAGCAUGGCGGGAGAAGUACAACGCCGAAUUCGAUUUCGUCGGAAGCGUGCUCGACGGAAUCGGAAUCUGGACAAGGCCUCCCUCAUCUUGUCCCUGUGAGGGUGUGUCAAAUGUCCGCAGUACCGGCGCAAGAUCGGCUUUGGUCCAGCUUUCGAGCGAGCCAGAGUGAGUAGUACUGUACUGGUGAUUGCCGCAUAUAAUGUGCUCACGUUGGUGACUUAGAUGGCAAAACAGCACGGAUUGCCCAAGGUGCGUGAGUAGUGAUGAUAGAAGCAGCGCAUUUGAUUCCAAAGACGGAAUGGUUAUUCUGGAAGGAGAUGCGUUACACCGAUACGCGAUGGAGCCAGUCCCUCGCACUCAAGGACGUGAAACCUAUACUCGGAGGACUCCUACCGACACCGAG